CCUUUGUAUUCUACCGCUGCUCAGCCGCAGCCCAUUGUUGCCCCUCAUCGCCGUGGCCCGGGACGCAGCAAGCGAGGCCUCCUUCCGCCGAGAGCUCUUCUCUCGCCGAGAAGCGUCGCCCUCCCCCUCUCCCUCCGCCCUCCGCCGGUAUCUGACCGGGGUGGUGUGGAGAUCCGCCCGCGCUUGGAUCGAUUUCUUCGUUCGUCGGUUGGAAUCCCUCGGGGACAAUGGGACGCACGGUGCUUUCCGAUGACGAAGAAGACGACAUCGAGGAGGUCGACGAGGAGGAUCCGCGGACCUCGCGGAGAGAUAGGGACGAUGGCGACGAGGAUGACGAUGAAGAGGAUGACGAAGAAGGGCAGGAUGAAUUUGAGAAGGAUGGCUUCAUAGUUGAUGAUGAAGAUGAGGAGGAUGAGGAGGGAGAGGAAGAGGAACAGAAGAGCGAUGAUGAGAGGCGAAAGAAGAAAAGGAAGAAGAAAAGGGAAUCAGAAGACUUCAUGCUUGAUGAGGAUGACUACAUGUUGCUGCAGGAUAAUAACAUCACUGGCAUCAGUCGGCCAAAGCCUGGAAACAAGUUUAAACGCUUGAAGAAAGCUGGAAGGGAAUCUGAAAUGGAUGAGCGCGGUUUGUCAGAUGAGGAUGGAACUGGGAAAAAACGUACUGGCAAGGAGAGAGUUGAGUACAGUUUAUUUGGUGACGCUCAAGAUUCUGUGCCCUAUGAGGAGGACAUCAUUGAGGACGAUCAGCAGGUAGAUGAAACUGAGGAGCCAGAUGAUGAUGAGGAUGAAAUGGCAGAUUUCAUUGUGGAGGAAGAUGAAAUUGAUGGGAAUGGCCAAGUUGUAAGAAGGAAGAAAUUUAAAAAGAAGGUACCACGGCAAGCUGCUGGUGUAUCAUCAUCUGCCCUGCAAGAGGCCCAAGACAUAUUUGGUGAUGUUGAUGACUUGCUAGCACGAAGAAAGCAAGAAAUGGAGAGGGAGGCUAUUAACUCCGGUGAGUUGAGGGGGAAGAGGCUUGAAGAUGAGUUUGAGCCAUUUAUUCUUGCAGAGAAGUAUAUGACAACAAAAGAUGAGCAAAUAAAAGAAAAUGAUGUUCCUGAGAGGAUACAGCUGUCUGAAGAAUUGACUGGCUAUCCUCCAACGGAUACCACGAUGAUAGAGGAAGAAAGUGUAUGGAUACACAGCCAACUAACUGGGGAUGGGUUUCUGUCCUUUUUUGGCAAUGAGCACGUGAACAAGGAUAUUGACCAGAAGGAUAUUGUUAACGUCUUGAACAUGUUGCAUGUCAACAAAUUUGAAAUUCCAUUCAUUGCUAUGUAUCGAAAAGAGAUGUGCCCAAGCCUGUUAAGAGAUCUUGAUUCAAAUGACCAGGAUAAUAAAAAGGAUGCACCCAAAAUGAGGUGGCAUAAACUACUCUGGGCAGUUCAGACCUUAGACAGAAAGUGGCUACUUCUUCAGAAGCGCAAGGUCGCUUUAGAGUUGUAUUAUGAAAAGAGAUUUGAUGAUGAGAAACGGAGGAUAGAUGAUGUCACAAGGCAGGAACUAAACCGGCAACUAUAUAAUUCCAUCAUUGAAGCACUGAAGGAUGCUAAAUCUGAGAAAGAGGUGGAGGAUGUUGAUGCAAAAUUCAAUUUACACUUUCCUCCAGGUGAAGUUGAAGAAGAAGGACAAUUUAAACGGCCAAAAAGGAAAUCCUUGUACAGUAUCUGUCACAAGGCAGGGUUAUGGGAGGUUGCCAGCCAAUUUGGACGUAGUGCUGAGCAAUUAGGUCACCAUCUGACAUUAACAAAAAUACCUGAAGCAGGCGAGCUUGAUAGUGGGAAAGGUUCGCCUGAAGAGGUUGCUGCAAAUUUCACAUGUGCAAUGUUUGAAACAGCACAAGAUGUUCUUCGUGGUGCGAGACACAUGGCAGCAGUUGAGAUAGGUUGUGAGCCAAUUAUAAGAAAGCAUAUUCGAGGCAUCUUCAUGAAUAAAGCAGUUGUAUCAACGAGUCCCACACAUGAAGGCAAUACGAUCAUAGAUCCAUAUCAUCAACUAUCAGGUGUUAAGUGGCUGAGAGAGAAACCACUGUGCAAGUUUGUAGAUGCACAGUGGCUACUUAUUCAGAAAGCGGAGGAAGAAAAGCUCCUCAAGGUUACCGUAAAACUGCCCGAAAAUGCAAAGAAAGAACUCAUGUCUGAUGCACGCGAGAAUUACCUAAGUGAUUGUGUCAGUAAGUCUGCACAAUUGUGGGAUGAGCAACGGAAGAUGAUACUGGAUGAUGCCUUCUUUAAUUUCCUCCUUCCAUCAAUGGAAAAGGAGGCUCGAUCUCUUUUGACAGCAAAAGCCAAACAUUGGCUCCAUAUGGAAUAUGGGAAACAAUUGUGGAACAAGGUUACUGUUGCUCCUUGGAAGAAGAAGGAUGCAGACAAGAAGGAUGCUGACAUUGAUUUGGAUGACGAAUCGGAGUUGAGAGUUAUGGCCUGCUGCUGGGGUCCUGGGAAACCAGCAACCACCUUUGUAAUGCUAGACUCAUCAGGAGAAUUGGUUGAUGUUCUAUAUGCAGGUUCUAUCAGUAACAGGUCUCAAGGAGUUGCUGAGACGCAGCGGAAGAAGAAUGACCAGCAGCGAGUUCUAAAGUUUAUGACUGAUCAUCAACCACAUGUUGUAUGUGUAGGAGCGUCAAACUACAAUUGCAGACAACUCAAGGAUGAUAUUUAUGAGGUUAUUUUUAGAAUUGUAGAAGAUCAUCCAAGGGAUGUUAACCCACAAAUGGAAAAUUUUAGCAUCGUCUAUGGUGACGAGUCUGUGCCUCGCUUGUAUGAGAACUCACGAAUAUCUUCGGAUCAACUUCCUGGCCAAUCAGGUAUUGUGAAGCGUGCUGUGGCACUUGGACGUUAUCUUCAGAAUCCAUUGGCAAUGAUUGCAACACUAUGUGGACCUGGAAAAGAGAUACUCUCUUGGAAACUGCACGCGCUUGAACACUUCCUUACUCCUGAUGAGAAAUAUGAUGUUGUUGAGCAAGUAAUGGUUGAUGCAACAAAUCAGAUAGGGUUUGAUGUUAAUCUUGCUGCUAGCCAUGAGUGGCAUUUCUCGACUUUACAGUUUAUUGCUGGUCUGGGUCCGCGCAAAGCUUCAGCUUUGCAGAAAGAUCUGGUAAGAGAGGGAUCAAUUUUUAGUCGCAAGGAGCUUGUAAAGCCUCUAGGCAGGAAAGUAUUCAUGAAUGCUUCUGGGUUCUUACGUGUACGGCGGAGUGGUGCAGCUGCAGCCAGUGCUCAGAUCAUUGAUCUGCUUGAGGAUACAAGGAUCCAUCCUGAAUCAUAUGUAUUGGCAAAAAAUUUGGCUAAGGAUGUCUAUGCCGAGGAUGCUCCACAUGAAGUGAAUGAGAUGGACGACGAUGAACAAGAGAUGGCGAUUGAGCAUGUUAGAGAAGACCCACGUAAUCUUAAGCGUCUUAACAUUGACGAAUAUAUAAAGUCUCUUCCAGAGGAAUUCCGUAAAAAAGAAACACUGUGCGACAUAAUGGAUGAACUGGUGUGUGGUUUCUCUGACUGGAGGACCCUGUAUACCGAGCCUAGCCCAGAUGAGGAAUUCUGGAUGCUUUCUGGUGAAACUGAAGAUACCAUAUCUGAGGGAAGGAUUGUUCAAGUAACUGUUCGUAAUAUACAAGAGAACAAAAUUAUCUGCACCUUUGAUUCUGGUUUGAAGGCCAUAGUUAUGGCAGACAACUAUUCUGAUGAGGGAUUUGAUCCAGAAUCAUCGCAGUUACACGAAGGUGAUGUGUUAACCGGCAAAAUUAGGAAUGUGAAUAAAAAUAGGUUCAUGGUUUACCUAACAUGCAAGGCUAGUGAAAUGAGGAGAAGACCAUUCUCCAGAGGUGAUCAAGACCCUUACUAUCAUGAACAAGACUUGACCUCACAGACUGUAGAGGAUAAGGCUCGGAAACAAAAGGAACUUGCAAAGAAACAUUUCAAGCCCCGGAUGAUUGUUCACCCUCACUUUCAGAACCUGACAGCUGAGGAAGCCAUGCAGUUCUUAUCAGAUAAAGAGCCUGGUGAGAAGGUCAUCCGGCCAAGUUCUCGGGGACCAUCAUUUUUGACUCUUACCUUGAAAAUUUUUGAUGGUGUUUUUGCGCACAAGGAGAUAACUGAAGGUGGGAAGGAUCACAAAGAUAUAACAAGUUUGCUUCGCCUAGGAAAAACACUAACAAUUGACAAUGAAACUUUUGAAGACCUUGAUGAGGUUAUAGACAGAUAUGUGGACCCGUUGGUAGGGCACCUGAAAAGCAUGCUCUCCUACCGUAAAUUCAGGAAAGGGUUAAAAAAUGAGGUUGAUGAGUUGUUAAGAGCAGAGAAGGCAGAGAACCCUAUGAGAAUAGUAUAUAGCUUUGGCAUAUCUCACGAACAUCCUGGCACCUUUAUAUUGUCAUAUAUUAGGAGUACAAAUCCACAUCAUGAAUAUGUUGGGUUAUACCCAAAGGGCUUCAGAUUCCGGAAGAGAGACUUUGACAACAUCGAUCGCCUUGUGUCAUAUUUCCAGAAGAAUAUUGAUAAACCACCACCAGAUGCCGGACCAUCCAUGCGAAAUGUUGCUGCUAUGGUACCUAUGAAAAAUUCAGCUUGGGGUUCCGGUGGUGGUGCAGGUGGUGCAAACGAUGGAUGGAGGGGAGAUAGCAAUAACGACAGGGAUAGAUCAUUCUCUGGAAGAUCAGGAGGGAGGUUCGAUUCAAGGAACAACUCUGGUGGUCGUGGACGAGGACGUGGGCGUGGUCGUGGCAACUUUGGCAAUGAUGACAAUGGUGGAGGCUGGACAGAUAACAUUGGCAGUGGCGGAGGUGGAUGGGGCACAGGUGGCAGUGGUGGCUCCUCCUGGGGUGCUGGUGGUAGUGGCGGAGGAUCUGGGGGUGGGGAUGCUGCUGGAUGGGGUGGAGCUGGUGGUGAUAACAACAGUGGUGGAGGUGGCUGGGGAACAGCGGCCGGUGGUACUGACGGUGCUGGUGGUGGAAGUGGAGGGGGCUGGGGAGCAGCUGCUGGUGGCUCUAACGACUCAGGAUGGGGCAGCGCUAAAAAAGCCGUAUCAGCACAGGAUGGUGGGAGCGGCUGGGGCUCCGGCAGCGGCGGUGGCUGGUGAUGAGUUUGUCCUGCACACCUGCGUACUAGUGCAUCGGACAACAACUACAAGAUGAAAACGUUCGCCUCCCUUUUGUUUUGAACUUUUGUCCGAAUUACGCUCAACUGCCGUUUAUGGAGCGAACUGUCAACUUGCUAGCGGUUCGUCUAGCUCCUGCAAAUGCAACUGCAUUUUGGACGGUCUUAUACUUCAAUGCAUGUACAGCCCUAGCGCCAGUCUCUAGGUUUUAACGCAAUUUUACUCGGAUGUAUGUUGCUUAAAAGAUGCGAAGCAUGUUUAGCUGGGCGUGUUCA